CUCAGGUGGAGAGGAGUGUCACUCUUAUUAAAUCCAACAUAAAUGCAGCAAGGGAGUUUUAUUGUCAUCUCCCAGAAUUUCUCAGUCUUGACGAAAUUGUAAAAUACAUGGUUGUCCUCUGCCGAUAUGUCCUGGAGGGCUCUCGACAACUUCAGUCAGGCAACAACCAAAGCAUUCAGUCUAGUGAGGAGAAUGGCGGCAGGAAUAACAGCAGCAGUGGUAAUGACUCGGUCGAACAGCAACCUGGUAAUGGGGCUGCUUCAUCUCGCCGGACAAGGAAACAGAGGAGAACUUCAAAGGAUGCUUCUGUUCCCAGAGCUGAGGAGCAUGAUGAAGAUGACAACGAGGGGGAGCAGAAAGAGAAUGACGGUAGCACAACUGAUGACUUCUGUGGCAUCGUAGAGGCCCUCUAUUUGAUGAUGACAGCGGUGCUGAAGCAGCUUAGUCUGCCAGAAAACAGGCAGAUGAAAGAAGGAUUGUCCAAAAAGCUAAGCAUCAUGGUGCGAGAAUUGAUGGCUGUAUCACAGGUCAGUGUGCUCUCAUACUGUGGUAGAUAUUAAUAUUGGUUUCAACUUUCUUCCCAAUGUUGUAUAUUAAAUUCAACCUGCUCAUUAGGAUCUUAUUGACUAGCAAAGGACAAGUUUAGGGUUGCUUAGGGUUGAAAUGGGUAGAAAGACUUUGACUUGGUAUGCUUGUAAUUAGUUUUUGUAGUGUUGCGCUUGUUUUAAAUGUGGUAAAUUGUAGAUUUUUUUUUUUUUUACUUUGUACCGAGCUUUGGGGAUGAAGAGUGUUUUUGAAAUAAACUUUAUUUAUUAAGUUAAUGUUAGGUAAAUAGGGUUAGAUUUGAUUGUGAUAUAGUAGCGGAAUACCAAAUGAAAAAAAACUAUUAUUUAUAUACCGUAAGUAGGAUUAAGCUUUGAAUUUAAGACAAAACAAAUGUAAAUUUUGGCUAAAAGCCUUCUCCAUAAAGGGAGAUCACCAACACAUUGUAGCAGUAAUGAUUAAUCCAAAAAUACUGUUUCCAAUAUGUGACAGGACCCUAACCUUGACACUGCCCUGGUAGCCCUAGCGGGUCAUCUCCCUGCAAAGGCAUUGCCCCUAGUCAGUCAGAAUUUGCUGAAGAGUUUAAAGCGUGGCUCUCGAACUGGCCAGGUGAUGGACACAACUGUCAUAAAAUCUCUCAUCUUGUGGGGAAAGGCGGACUCUCUUCUUGAAAUGGUCAAGGAAUCGUUUGAGAAGGCCUUGAGCCGGAAUCAGGGACAGGACCCCAAACCCCUGGGUGGCAGUGCAAAAAAACAAUCCAGAAAGAAGAAAACUGUUGGCUUCACCACAGAGCCAGAGGAUGUCAUUGAUGUGAAUCUUGCCAUAGACAUAGUUGUGAAGUCCAUUGAACCGGCUGAGAACAGGAGGAUAUUGCUUACUAAGCACAAGGUUAGUCUUAUGUCUUUAGUGCAAGCUAUCAGCCCAGUGAUGCAGCACAUUAGAGAUUUCCUGACCAGCAACAUAAGUGCCGAUAAAUCAGUGUGCGAUUCAAGCUUGUGGGUUAAACUCUUCACCUUGUACCUAAGGCUUUCUGCGUUCAUAUGUACACAAAUCGGCAAUGUGCAAGGUGAAGCAGGAGAGGAGCAUGUCUGCACUGAGGACCCUGAAGGUAAUGCUGUUCAUGCUGAAGCAAAGAGGGCAGUCCACACUGCUAUUGGCUGGAUCACUAGUAGUGUUGUGCCAGUUUUAUCGAAGACCGCCUCACAAAACACGGUUAAAUUUGAGCUCUCUGUCCAACUGGUAGAAGUUACUGUGAAACUCUGUCGAAACCUGCUCUCAACUGGCAUGUAUGAUGAGGCUUUGUUAGAUGAAAUGGCUCAACUUUGCAGCAACAUCUUGGCGUGCCCUUCAUCUCACCUGCUCUUGAACAGUUCUUUAGCAUGUGUGUACCAGUUUACACAACUGCGCAGGCCUGAUCAGGCUGAAGCUGCUGCAUCCAAAAGUCAUUUUGAUGAACUUGUUUACAACUGCGUAAGUAAAUUUAUGGAAAUGCUGAUCAAGAGAGUCCAGAGCGAUGAGACCUUGGGAAAAUCUGAAAAGGAUGAUGCUGAAGCUAAUAGUGUGUCUCAGCUCAUCUUAAAAGUGAACCCAGGCCUGCAUAACAUUAUAACAGAACUCACCAGUCCACGGAAACCUGUGGCCUUGGCUGAGAAAAUGCUGACCAGUGUUCUGAAUUGUAUUGUCAGUGAGACAACAUGGAGUUGCAAAAAGAAUGGAUUCAGCAAGGAAGGGGAACUACCUCCUCUGACGACAACUUUGAUGGCUCUGAUAAAUAAGAAGAAACUUUCAAUGAAAAAGUAA